UUGCCCCUCAGCGACUGGGAAACCGCGGCGAACGCGAAUCUCGCCGACUCCUCCGACGACGGCAACCGCAACGACUCGCUCUAACCGACGCCGCGCCGUUAACCGCCAAUCGCGAGAACACUGCGCCGGCGGAUCGAUCGACGAAUGCCUAGCCAUUACCCAUCGCUGACCGCUGUCGACAGAACGCCGCGAAUCGCGCCACACGAAACAGUUCUGAGUUUAAGCUCACCAACGAGUAAAAUAUCAAACGUAAUAUUAUAAUAAUUAUCGAUGCCUUUUCGUUCCGUCGCCUGCUAAACCGAUCGAUCGAUCGCCCGACGAGUUUGCUGUACCUACCGCGUCCGUACCGAUUGCGAUCAUUCAAUCGGCGGCCGACGCGCAGCGCGCGCAUUUCCCUCUAUAGCGCUCAUCGCCGUCGUGUCGGAGUUUCUUGCCGUCGUGACAUGUUUAACGCAGUACGUACGCACUACCGCCGCCGUCACCGCAGUGCCAAGACAAACCGCUCUCGGCGCGUAACGGCCGACAUUUUUUGUCGACCCGCUUAAGAGGAGCGAAUCCGUCAAGAGUGAUUGUAUUUUCUUUCGUCGCCAUCACACCACACGGCGGGCUCGACCGAAGAGCCCGUGACUCGAGCGCGGCCCCGUAAUAGUUUUCCCGUAGUCCGACGCCACAAUGGCGUUCAACGACUCCGCUCCAGUGUUCGUCGAAGGAAACCCGAUCGGCGUCUCGAACAGACACACCUGCAAGAUGCGAAAUAAAAGAAUGUGGAAAUCGUUACGCGCGCACAUCCUGUCACGCCGAGAGAAGGAAAAACAAGCUGAAGCCGAUGCUGAACUUUUGAGAAAAAAGAAAUACGCAGAAGAUCUAAAAAUACAAGAAAAUAGAUUAUCUUUAGCACAAAUUAAUGGUCGUUUAUCGGAACUACGGGACAAGCGUGAUGAGCUUGAAGAAGAAAAACGUGAACUCCUGAAUCAGAAACAAACUAUUAUAAAUACUGUUUUAACAGUACCUGAGCCUAAGUGUGCAAACUAUGAUCGUAAAUUAGUUACGAAAAUCAAAUUUAAAAGUAGUAUAGUUCCAAGUAUUGAUUUUCUUGAUGAUCAACAACAACAACAACAACAACAACAACAACAACAACCGCAGCAGCAACAGCAGCAUUUAUUAGACUUAUUGGAAACAAAAUCUUGUCUGGAAUCUCCACCUCCUCUAUUUGAAAAAGAAUUCAGUUCAAUCUCUCAACCUGUGGUAAUGCCUACAAAUGUCAAAGGAAGUAACAAAUCAAAUUUUUGGAUGCACCAACCAAAUUAAAUGUUAUUUCAACAGUAAUUACUAAUUACUAAAAAAUUAACAAAAUGUUUGUUACUGUAUUGCAGUCCAUAUUUAUCUUAAAUUUAUUUUUGAGUUUUUUUUUUUUUAAUUUGUAAACAUAUAUUUCCUUUUUAUUUAUAUAACUUAUUUUAUAUAAUUGGAAACCACUAUUAGCACUAAUUAUGUUUCAAUCAACAUAUGGUCAAUUAUAACUUAAUUAACUGCUUCUUUUAUUAUUCGUGUUUGAUAUUUCACAAUCCAAUUUUGUAUAUCAUUUGAUAAUAUAAUUAAAAUGUGAUUUGUGAAAUGUCAUUAUAAUUUAAAGGGCAGUAAUGGUUAAUUUCCAAUUAAUAUUAAUUACAAUCCUAGUUUUUAUCUAACUAUUAAUUUAUUAUGAUCUUAAACUUUUCCAGCAAUGUUGCAUUUUUAUUUUUUAAGUUAAAUUAUUAUUUAUAAAAUUAUGAUCAUCUGAAUUUGGAUUCUUUUUAACGAGGUAGUUAAUCAAAUGUCAAAUAUUUUAUCAUAACUAAAUAUUUUUAUAUAAAAAUUGUUAUUAAAUAUAAUAAUAUAAGAUAACUAUAAGUUGUUCAUUAAGAUUGUCAUCUUUAGUGUGAUAGACUGAUAUUAUAAAAACAUUUAAUUUCAAAAUAUUAAUUUUUAAUAAAAAUGUUCUUAAACGAAAUACAAAAAAAAAUACUGUUAAGUUUAAAAGCCAUUGAAUUUUUGGCUUUACUAUAAUGUGAUGUAUUAAUUUGAAUUUUUGAUAGAAUACCUACAAAAAUGGCUUUUUUAGUUUUUUUGUAUUUAUUUUUGAAUGCCACCUGUAAAAUAAACUUAACAGAGGUUUGCUAUUUAGCUCUCUUGGAUUUUGUGGAUAGCUCUCUUUUUUUAAUCAAUUUAAUACUGAGUUGAUUUAGAAUUACAUAUUUGUGAAUAAUAUUUUUCAUCGUUGAAGCUAAUCUUAGUAUUGUCUUACUCAAGAUAAUAUUAUUUUUAACAUAGAUUACAAGUUCUGUCUUUCAACAUAUUUUCAGUUAAUAAAUACUUAAUAUAUUGUUUGUGGUUUAAAUUACAUACUAGGUAUUCACCACAUUUGUUAUUAAUAUAUUUAGUCGAAUACAUCAAAAACUAUAAAAAAUUGUUCUCUUUUGAUUAGCAACUGAUAAAACUAAUAGAGUAUUCAUUACAAGAACUGCUUUAAAUAGGUAAACCUGAAAAAAUAAUGUUGUAUUGCUACUGGUAAAAUUAUUUUUAAUAUGUAUAUUAUAAAUGUUUUUUGUUUUAUAUUAUAUUUCGCAAACAAAAGAAAUCUAUUGUAAUAAUAAAUGUUUGUUAAUGUUUAUGAUAUUUUAAAUUAUUUUUUAAGAAUUAAAUUUAAUAUAAACAAAUUAUAUUAUAUCAUAAAUAAUAAUUAUGAAAAUUUGUAUAUUUUUUUUUACAAACUCAUUUUUGUUGAAAAAAACAAUAAAAAAAAAAUUGCAAUAAAUGCAAUCUUUGAGCUUAAUCUAUUUGUUCUAUAUAUAUUAUAAAAUAAAACAUGUAUAAUUA